UGUAUUAUUUUUGCCCACAGGUCGUGACACCGCAAAAGUGUGGCGACGUGUACCUGUACGAUUUACCAGCUAGUCGCGGAAGUCCUGCUCCACCAUCCAGACACGAUUCACCCCUAAAUUCGAACAACGAACAUUUGCACAAUACAGGACGAUACAUGACAAGCGCAAGAAGCUCAGUCGACAACGGUGGAGAUGUGACCGACUGUUACGACGUUCCACCGCGUGCAAUUCCUGUAAUUCCAUCCCCGGCAAGUAGUCCGAGUCCUGCACCAUCUUGCUAUGAUAUUCCAAGGCCACCGACAUCCUGCACGCCAAACUCCAAUUGUUCUGCUGGCUCUGGCAUCACCCCUUUAGAUUGUUACGACGUACCACGACCGUUGCAACCAUUAACACCGAGUAGUUCGGCUUCCAGUUUGACCAACGAUGGAUCCCUCAGUGGAUCCAAUAGGUCGAGUCUCGCAGCUCCAGAUUAUGACGUGCCACGGCCACGUCUUCCAGCAUCGUCGUUACCAUCGCGGCACAACACACCGGUCCCUAAAACGCCAACGCCACCGCCACCUCCGAUGCAAACUCAGCAAAUUUAUGACGUACCGAUGAACAAGGAACUACCAUUGGAAUUGGAUGCCGCGUUGGAAGGACUUCAGAGGUUGCAAAGUGAAGCUUCAUCAGCGAUAGCAAGGUUAUUGGGUUUUGUUAGUCCAGGUUGGAGAACACCUCAACGACUGGAUGCAACGUUGAUGGAUUUAAGGCUCGCAGCAUUGAGAUUGAGAACGUCUUUACAUGAUUUAGCUGAAUUUGCCGAAGUGGUCCGCAUUACGCACUUAGGUACGCUCGGUAACGCGGCCAAAGCGCCAGACAAAGGGCUGGCUACAAAAUUACGGCCCUUGGUUAAGGCACUUCGUGACUCCGACAAACUCGUGCAGGAAGCCGCCACCGAAUUGGAUACGAUGGAAUGGGACGCGGGUAAACUCUGUCGCGGUGGUGGCGACACGCCGACACCUACCAAUGGGCCACCACCACCUUCUCUUUUGCCAACUGUUCAACCGGAUCCACUAGAUCAGCUGAUCGCGUGUGCACGAGCACUCACGGAAGACGUUCGUCAGGUCGCCAGUUUCAUUCAGGGAAACUCGACGUUAUUGUUCAAACGAUCUUCCAUCAUCUCGACGGGCAGCAGCAACAACAGCGGUGCCGGGGAAGAUUACGAUUACGUUAAUCUCGAUUCGAGAGAGGUCGUCGCAAAACAACGGGAAGAAUUGAGGGCAUCCUUACCACAAGAACUUCGUAGCAGUUACGAUUUGCUCGUAUCCGAGGCGGACAAUGCGGCCAUUCAAAUGCCACCCACGACACCGACGCCCAUGGAUCCCAACGACAAACAAUUGUUGGCAUUCUAUGCUGCUCAGGUGAUAACGCAUGGUGCACACCUAACUCAUGCCAUUGACGCCUUCUUGCAAACGGUCGAACAUAAUCAGCCACCCAAGGUAUUUCUGGCCCAUGGCAAAUUCGUCGUACUCAGUGCCCAUCGACUCGUUCAUAUUGGUGACACGGUACACAGGAAUGUUACAAGAAACGAUGUCAGAACGCGAGUCCUUCAAUGUGCUAAUGCUUUGAACGAGGCACUCGCACAAACCGUAUCUAAGACCAAACAGGCUGCACAAUUUUUUCCUAGCGUUACUGCAGUACAAGAGAUGGUUGAUAGUGUCGUUGACGUUUCUCACUUGGCCAAAGAUCUCAAAGUUGCCAUGAUACAUGCUGCGCAACAGCCAUGAAUGUAUUCUUGCACUACUAGCAACGAAUCGCGUGAUUGGAUAAUUAAAGCAUGAGAUGGAUAGAUGAUUAAGGAAAGGGAAAGAGAAAAAAAUGGAAUAAUCAAUGUCUUCUUACAACAACAUUUUGUAAUAACUCGAAGAAGAUAUUUGAAUGAUCCUACGAUGGGAAGAAAAUGUUUAGGAGACUGUAAUCAAAUAGCGUCGUAAUAUUAUCGACUGAUCGUUAAAAGUUUAGCUAUGACUGUAACUAUCCUGGUUUCUGACGAUUGAACGAAUAAGAUUUAUAGUCUUUGGACGUGUCUUUUUAAGAUGAACGGAUAAUACGAAGAGGGAAAAUAUUCUCGGAACUUGAACGUGUCUCCCCUUUUUUUUUUGUUCAUCUUUUUAAAGAUAAGGAAUAUCUAGGCCUAUGAUUUAUUUAGAAAUAUGCAACUGCCAAAGCACAGGUAUAGCAGUAGGGUUGAAGGGAGGCCAAUUAAAAAGAAAAAAAAAAAAAAAAU